UGACUUGGCUACUGGAUGGAUUUUCAACUUCCAAAGAACCAAUCCCUGAUCCGGCAACGUCGCCGAACGUCACUUCCCUUUCUCUACCUCCUGUCCUCCUCUACCCGUUAUACUAAGCCAUUUUACUUGAGCCAGAGAGACUCUAGCACACAGGACUCCAACACCGGUUUUCUUUGUCCACACGCAGCCGAUCCAAGACUUAACAAAAUGUACUGUGCCAGAAUUGUCGCUCCCGUUGCCCGUGCCGCUUUGGCCCCACGAUCACAGAUGUACCUGCGACCAGUCAGCAGUGCUCUGAUGGCCAAGCCAUCAGAACAGACCUUGGUUUCGGCUGCCCCCGUCCGUGCCAUCCAGACAUCAGCUGUGUCCAGAGACAUUGACUCUGCCGCCAAGUUCAUUGGUGCUGGAGCUGCCACAGUCGGAGUAGCUGGUUCAGGUGCCGGUAUUGGAAGCAUCUUCGGAUCGCUCAUCAUCGGUUAUGCCCGCAACCCAUCCUUGAAGCAACAGCUCUUCUCCUACGCCAUUCUGGGUUUCGCCCUGUCCGAGGCUAUGGGACUUUUCUGUCUCAUGAUGGCUUUCCUCCUUCUCUUCGCUUUCUAAAUAAAACAAGAGCCAAGUCACAACCUUGUUCACUCUUCUCCCCUCAAAGAUGUUAGUAAAUUUCCAUUUGUCAUAGUGCAUAUCCCAGUCUGUAGUAAUAUCGGGAAUUUUACGAGAAACAUCAGUAACCAUCAAGGGGCUGUGUGUGGGAUAUGUACAACUUUCAACGAUGUAAAACCCGAGAUGCUGUAGAUUGGUGAAUACAUGAAAAAAACGAGA